CAAUGUGCGUUUGCUUUAAAUUGUCCAAUGUCCAUCAUUUCGCUUUGGUUUGGUUUUCGAGUUUUGGGUUUCGGUUGGAGUAGGAGAUACCUUUCUUUCCCAUUCCUGAUUUCUUCUUCUUCUUCUUCUUCUUCUGUAUCCAAAUCCAAUUCUAAACCUAUAACUAUGUUUUUAAUAAUAUAGGUAUAGCCACAGCUUUAUAUUCGAAGGAUUCCUAUUGGCUCUCUCUCUCUCUCUUUUUUUUUUUUUUUUUUCCCUCCAAAUCAAACUCUUCUGGAAAGUUCCAUUGAGAAUCCGAUGGCUGACGAUGGCCGGAGCCAUUCCCGGAGUUCCAGCGACGUUUCUGUGUCUUUGGAAGACGAAGUUGUCUCUAGAGAUGUCAAUGCCAGCGCUUCUUCUGGAAUAAGUAGUGAGAGGAAUUUGAGCGGAGGUAGCUUAGAUGAAGACACAUCAACGGCUGGAAAAUCUGGUUCGAGUUCGAGUAAGCACAGUAAGGCAGGGAGACUUGUACACAAUCACGCAUUGUCUAUGUUAGCAACCAGACUUUUUGAUGAUAAAUUCCCUUUCAGAAAGAAGCUUAAGUUGUUAAAGCGAGUUGCUACUGUUAAAGAUGAUGGGACAGUAGAGGUUGAUGUUACUGGGGUUGACACCUCAGAUAGAGUAGUAGUACAUGAUGAUGCUGACACAAUGGAUACUGUGGUACAUGAUGCUGACACAGCAGAUAUUGUUGAAGAUAUUCCUCCGCUGCAAAUUGUUAUACUUAUCGUUGGCACACGAGGAGAUGUACAGCCAUUUAUUGCUAUUGGAAAACGUUUGCAGGAAGAUGGCCAUAGAGUUAGGCUAGCAACUCAUGCAAAUUUCAAAGAUUUUGUCAGAACUGCUGGAUUGGAGUUCUUCCCCUUAGGUGGAGAUCCGAAAGUUCUUGCUGGUUAUAUGGUGAAGAAUAAAGGCUUCUUGCCAUCUGGACCUUCAGAUAUACCUGUUCAGCGGAAUCAAAUUAAGGAAAUUUUAGAUUCCUUGCUUCCUGCAUGCGAAAAUGACGAUCCUGAUACUAAAACUCCAUUUAAAGCAGAUGCAAUAAUCGCCAAUCCCCCAGCAUAUGGACAUACUCAUGUUGCCGAAAAGCUUAAAGUCCCGCUUCAUAUAUUUUUCACAAUGCCAUGGACGCCCACCAGUGAAUUUCCCCACCCUCUGUCCCGUGUUAGCAAACAAAUUGGAUAUAGACUAUCAUAUCAAAUUGUAGAUGUGCUAAUUUGGCUAGGAAUACGAGACAUGAUAAAUGAUUUUAGAAAGAAAAAGCUAAAGCUGAGACCUAUGACUUAUUUAGGUGGAUCCUACAGCUCUCCUGAUGUGCCUUAUGGUUAUAUAUGGAGCCCUCACCUUGUUCCUAAACCUAAAGAUUGGGGACCAAAGAUUGAUGUAGUUGGGUUUUGUUUUCUUGAUUUGGCUUCAAAUUAUGAACCCCCUGAUACACUGGUGAAGUGGCUUAACGAGGGUGACAAGCCUAUAUAUAUUGGAUUUGGUAGCCUUCCUGUUCAAGAGCCAGAGAAAAUGACCAAGAUUAUUGUUCAAGCUCUGGAAAGAACCGGACAAAGAGGCAUCAUCAACAAAGGUUGGGGUGGCCUUGGAGAAUUGGAGGAGCAAAAGGAUUUUGUGUACUUUCUGGACAAUUGCCCUCAUGAUUGGCUAUUCCAACGAUGUUCUGCAGUGGUACAUCAUGGUGGUGCUGGAACUACUGCUGCUGGUCUGAAAGCUGCGUGUCCAACAACAAUUGUACCAUUCUUUGGAGACCAACCAUUCUGGGGAGAGAGGGUGCAUGCCAGAGGAGUCGGUCCAGCACCCAUCCCGGUCGAAACAUUCUCGUUUGAAAAGUUGGUUGAUGCCAUUCAUUUCAUGCUAGAAGAUACGGUGAAACAACGUGCUCUUGAACUGGCCAAGGCCAUGGAAAAGGAGGACGGGGUUACAGGAGCUGUGAAAGCCUUUUACAAACAUUUUCCACGCAAUAGAGACGGCAAUCAAGAAAUUGAGCCAAAUCCCCCGAGAACAAGAUCAUACAAAGCGCUUCGACAAUGUUUUGGUUGCUCAUGAUUUUUUUUUUUUUUUUAAUUUUUGUACAAGGUUUUUUGGCAUUUUUGUCCUAUUUGGCCACGUGCAGAAUUAGGUUCGUCACAUUUGAAAACUACUUGACUUUCAUUAGACUCAUUAAUCCACAUUGAAAAAACUGAACCACGGCUACGCGAAGAUGUAAUAUUGUUGCUCUUUUGUCAAAUAUUUAAGUUCCAAUUUCAACUCAAAAAUCUAUGAUCCA